ACUUUUUCCUUACAUCUUUCCUGCAACUAGUCACCUUAUGUUCAACCUUUCUGUUUCAUUGUCAAUAUUUGUAGCAUUAUUUAUUUUUUCAAUUUAUGAUAACUCUAUAAAAUUCUUUGCUCAUUUAGUUCCGUUCAAUUCUCCUAAACCAUUAAUAAAUUUCAUAAUCGAUAUAAAGAGUAUAAUCACUCCUCCUAGCUUGUUUGGGAUUGAGCGUAGAAUUGAAUAUGCAAAAAGGAAGUAUCACUCAGGCUUGAUAUGUGCUGGAGUAACCAUUGGAUUUGCCAUCUUAAAAGGAAGAAUAAAGUGAAGGGAGAAGAAUCGGUUAAGAGUAGAAUUAUUAAUAGAGAAACCUCCUCAUACUCAUUUUUUACAAUAGAUUGGCCGAUAUAUGGGAUUGCAGAUAAAAGGUUAGUAAUAACUAUAGCUCUUCAGAAUGACAUUUGACCCCAUGGCAGUAUAUAUUCCAGAAAUGCAGUUGCUAUUGAAACAAAUAUAAAUGAACUUCUAACAAUUCAGACUAUACUUAUCUUGAAAGAGUAGUAGAACAUGUUUCGCCAGAUGUGAAAAUACAUUAGUAUAAAAUAGAAUGAAGCACCAUUCAUGUGAACCAAUCGGAAAAGCCAUCCAGACUUAACGUCUUUUAUAAUAUAUGAAAUUCUUAUGAAUGCAAGGUCAACAUUUGGACAGUAGUGUAUAGAAAGAAAUAGGCCUGAUAAAAUCUGAAUCAUGAGGAAAACACCAAGUAUUGAUCCAAAAUUUCACAUAUAGUUAAUAUUAACAGGAGUGGGUAAGUAUACGAAUGAUAUAGGAACUCUGAGAAACUUUCUUGUUGCAAUAGAAUUUUUGAACUUUUUCAUUAAAACUUCUUGUUUCGGAGUGAUUUCUUUCUCACGAAACAAAUCUUUGAGCAAACUAACAGCAUUAUUAGUAUGAAAAUAAUUACCAAAAUCAUGACGUAGUAAUUAGGGAAUAUAAACAUUUUAGUAAAAAGUGAUGAUUCAUUCUCCAAUAUUGGUUCAAAGUUCUUUAAUAGAAUAUCGUAAUUGAAUAAAUAGGAUAUAGAUAAAAAAGUAGUAGAGUAAAAAUAAAUGGCGAUGUAAAGGAUUAGAUUUUUACUUCCAACCUCCUUUACUAAGUUAACCAGAGAUACAAAAUAUGAAAAGAUAACUAUCAUUCCUCUAAUUAUAAUUAUAAGAAUCAUGUAUAUGUACAUUGAAAGAUUAGGCUUACCAAAAAAUAGGCUGACCGACAUUGACAAAGUAAAUAAGAUAACUGAAAUAAGGUAAUGUAUUGGAUUUGAAGGAGUAUUAAACAGGUAAAUGCAUAUAAAAAUUAAUAUGAAUAGGUAAGAUCUUGUAACUAGAAUAAGAUAAGUUGCUGCAACUAUUUUCAUUAUAAUCCAAAAAGUAGUUUAACUCAAAACAGUAGUUUUGGAAAUUAUAGAUAAUUUUUUAAUUCUUUUUGAUACAUGGAAACUUUAAAGUUACAUAGUUUAAUGUAAAACGUUAGUUUGUAAAUUAAUAAUUAAGUGAUUUUAUGUGACUGAGUAAUGAAGCUACAAAGUUCAAUUGGAUCAUCAGCUUUGUAGAACUGAUAAUUGACAACGCAUCAAAGUAAUUGAUAAUGAUAAAUAAAUUGUAUUAUAAAUAUUUGAUUAAAUUAAACUAGAAUUGUGUAUUCAUUCCUUUUAUUAACAAUAAAAUGCCUCUAUUUUGGCUUUAAUUUAAACUCAGAUGAAAUAAGAAAAUAAAGCUUCUAACUUUAAUAAUGGAUUUUAAAAAUUAAUCCUUAUUUCUUAAUCUAAUAAAACUUUUCAAAAAUUAAUAUAUUAAUUAUAUAAAAUAUUAUAUAAAUUAUUUAAAAAUUUUUAAUUUCAAUAAUAUUUUCAAUAUUAUGCUCUAAUUUAUAAACUAUUUAAAUUUUAAUACAUUUAAAAAAUUAUUAUUAAAUACAUGUAUAUUAUCAUUAUAGAAUACAAUGAUAAAUUUAAUAAAGAAUUUUAUUCUUAAUAUAUUAAUUGUUAUAGUAAUAUUUGAUAAUAUUUUUUCCUCGAAUAUUUUUUCUAUAAUAAUAUUGUAAUUAUUCGAUAAAAUAAAAUAAUUAUUUUUAAUUAUUUUAAACAUGUUUUGUAUAUAUAAUAUAUUUUUUAUAAAAUCUAUAAAAAAAUGUAUAUUUGACUUUUCCAUAAAUAUUAUAACUAUAUAACCUAUAAUAAAUAUUUUGAAUACAAAAUAUUUAUAAGUUAUCAUUAUAUUAUAGUUUGUAAUAGAGAAUUUUAGAUCAUGAAAAAUCUUUCUCAAGAACAAUAUAGUUAAUAUUAUAGUUAUUAUAAUUGUAUUUAUAAUUACACUUUCUUUAUUAUAAAGUACAUUAAUUAAUAGUACUUUUCUUAUCAAUGUUUUUGUAAUUCGUAUAGAAUAAGAAAUUGUAAGUACAGUACUAAAUAUUAAAAUAAUGAAUCUUAUUAAAUUCAUGUUUUUGCAUAUAUAAGAUUCAAUUAUUAUAUCUUUUGAAUAGAAACCUACAAAAAACGGAAAUCCGCACAUUAUUAUCAAUGAUAUAAUUAUAAUUUAUAUUGAUGCCUCAUAGUAAUUAAAAAACCAGAAGUAACUAAAGUGAAUGUGUUUAGAAGUGGAAUUUCAUUGUAAUUAAAUACUGUAAUUAUCUUUGGAGGUCAUGUCAUAUCAAUAUCGAUUGUUGGAGAGAUUGAUCUGUGAAAAAAAGUUCAGAAAAAAGAGAUAAACAAGAAUAGCUCCGAUAAAAUGAACAUAAUUAUUCUGAAUUUCAGUAUGCUCAUAACGGUAAGAGUAUGGUUUCCCAUGAAUGUACUUUCACGAAUGAUAUCUCGAUUCCAUAUAAUUUUGAUAAUACACACAUUAAAUAAUAUAACUGACAUAAUUAAUAAUUUUUUUCAUAUUAAUUCAAAGAAUGAUCCUAAU